AUGGACAAGGAUGAGCUCUCGGUGGACGGGGACGAGGUGCGUGAUGGCUAUUUAGAUCUACUUCAGAAAAUGAGGUGUCUAAAGGAGGAUCUUUUUGAAGAUAAGUGUAGAUUAGAAGAACUAAUUAAUACAUCGAACAAGCUGUUCAAGAAGAUAAAAACAUCUUCUGAGCUUAAGCUAGAUGCUAAGAUGACUGCUUUGUCGACCAAAAUAGCUUGCAAAAGAAUGGAAAAAGACAUUGAGUUGGAUGAUAUCACUUCUAGCACAUUUGUGGAGUUGUUUAGAAAAAACCUUCUUAAUGAUUUCUAUAGGUAUGCCAUGAGAUGCAAUGCUGGAAUAAGAUUCCUAGGCUGCUUCUCUCUGGGCAACCACCCAGAAGCUUCUAAUAGGAAGAAACUGCCAGUACAAAGAUCAAAACAGCAUCUUCCAGAAACAAGGAUUCCAGCUUUGAUUACUCGGGAAAAAGCUUCUACAGAAGAGUUUGACAUCCUUAUGCAUAUAAAAGAAGUGGUUUUAGAAAGAGGUAGAGUGGAAUACUUCAGGCUUGUCAUCAACCCACAGUCGUUCUCAAAAACCAUUGAGAAUAUAUUUUAUCUAUCUCUUUCACUGAGGUCUGGUCUCAUAUAUAUAGAAUGGGAUGAUGAUGAGAUUCUAUAUGUCACUUCCAAAAAUUCUGGAAGAAAAGGAGAUUUGGGGCAUCUAGCCAUUGAAAUGACAUAUGAUGAAUAUCUUGCCAUUGUUGAGAAGGCCGGGAUAUCCGAAACCUUGAUAGAAUGCUGA